AUGACCUAAUAAAUAUUAUUGGCGUCCCUUUUCAUCUUGUUUUUGUAGAAAUGGCUCUUUGAGAACACCUUGGUCUACAAACAAUACGAUUAGGUCAAGGAUAUACUUAGAUAAAUGAAUUCUUUGGUCCUCGUGAACUAUUACAACAACAGGAAUCAUUUUUCAAGUUAUAGAUCAUUUCGAUUCGACCUAUCGAAAUCUUAAGUGCAACUGAAUGAAACAUAUUGCAACUAAUCGGAUACUUUCAAAUUCUAUCACCCUGAUAUCGUAUUAAAGGAUAUCCACACCACCAGAGAUACCGAUGAUUUAACUCAAGAAAUUGUCUAAUCCAUCAGCUUUAUCAAAAUCACCAAUUACACUGAAGGUAAAAUAAAGAAUAAGAGUGUCGUACCCGAAGUCUUGACAAUCCCUUUCAAUUAUUAUGACUCCUAUCUAACCAAGACAAAUACAGGACUAUGUAAUUACAUAUUUAAUUUAUCUAGCUGCGAUGUGCUUGUUUUAAAAGCAUAACCACAUGAGAGGUAGAUAAUAACUAGCAUACAAGAAUGAAUUGCUAAACAACUAUUAUUUGUAUGUGGAUAGAUUGAAGAAAAUGCCUGAAAUCUGUUCAACAAAUGUUACUUAUAUCCCUAAAUCUUACAGAUUAUGGUUGAAAGAUGAGUGCUCAGCAUUCUUUGAGUACAUUAACACUCCAGAGUACGAAUAAAAGUUCUAAAAACAAGGACCCCAAUUCAUAAGUAAAUUAGGAUUGGAAGUACAUAGAGGCGCGGGGAUUACUAUGUUAUUUUAAAAAGAAACUCAAUAGCUCAUCAAAGAGUACUAGAAUGGUUAGAAUUGCGGUCAAAUUUCAAAGUACGUAAUUGCCCAAAAAUAUAUCAAUAAUCCCUAUCUAUUCAAAGGCCAUAAAAUUGAAUUUAGAAUAUAUUUCAUAAUUGCUUCUACCUAUCCCUUGAUUGUCUAUGCUUAUGAUAGUUCCUUAAUUAGAAGAUGUGCCACGCCCUUUGAUAAGUUUUCCUUAGAAAAAUCCUCUCAUGUUUGCAACACUGCGAUUGUCAAAAAGAAAAUAGAGGGCCAAGAUUUAGAUGAGGAUAAACAAUUUUUUAUUUCAUGGAAAUUAGAUUACCUUCAAGAAUUGCUAUUGAAAUAAAAAAAAAUAAAGAGCAAGAAAUGGUUAGAAGAAUACCUCUAUCCAAAAAUACACACUACCAUCCAACAUCUAAUUAUGAGCACUUAACACUUUUUCGAUAUCGAUAGUAAGUUAUCAGAAUUCUUUGGAGUCGAUUUCAUGCUCACAGAUGAUUUGCAAAUCUACGUCUUAGAAGUUAAUUCGAAUCCUUAAUUAUUAAAAACAACCCCAGAAAGAGUUGUACAGAACACAAAAUUAGUUAAAGAUAUUCUUGAAAUACAAGUGGCAUAUCUAAGAAGCAAGUACGUUAGAUUGAGAUCAUUAAUCAAAAGUUUCCUCGCCAACUAACCAACCAUACAAAAGUUUGAAAAGGACUUCAAAGAAGCCUACAAGGAUAAACUAGAGCCUGAAUUCCCUAUUAGUUCUAAUAAUUUGUUUAGAAAAAUUGUGGAUAAAAAUCUGAAGGAUUCAAAGGCCUACAAUGAUCUAAUUUAGACAAAAUGUAUUUUAUGA